UCUUUACUGAAAGGACCAUACUACCCAUUUGCUCAAACACACCUCAUGCCCAUGUGAAACCAAUGAAUGCUCCAUCAUCAUCCUUCUUCUCGUAGUUUCCUGAAAGAAAAAUCCACUAAAAGGGUACCCAAAAUCCUUUUUCUCAUCUGGGUUCCUCUCCAAUCAUUUAAAAUUCAUUCACCCUGAUUGAAUUUAAAGAUCAAGAUUACGUUUGACCCUUCAAAAUCAUGUGAUUUUAUUUAAAUUGAAGCGAAUUUAAAGGAAAAAAAAAAAGAUGGGUAGCAGUUGCAAUGAGAAAACGAUUGUUUGGUUUCGAAGGGAUCUAAGGAUCGAAGAUAAUCCAGCGCUGGCUGACGCAGCAAGAGAUGGCUCUGUUUUUCCUGUGUUCAUAUGGUGUCCGAAAGAAGAACAGCAAUUUUACCCGGGUCGGGUUUCAAGAUGGUGGUUGAAGCAAUCUUUGAUCCAUUUAGGACAGUCUUUGAAAUCGCUUGGAGCUGAUCUUGUUUUGAUGAAAGCUCAGAGUACUAUUUCAGCUCUUAUUGACUGCAUCACUGCUAUUGGUGCUACUAAAGUAGUGUAUAAUCAACUCUAUGAUCCUGUUUCACUUGUUCGUGAUCAUAAUAUAAAACAAAAGCUUGGGGAGCUUGGUGUUCCUGUUCAAACAUAUAAUGCUGACAUGUUAUAUGAGCCAUGGGAAGUAUACGAUAAUGAAGGCUAUGCAUUUACAACAUUUAAUGCGUAUUGGGAAAAAUGCUUGAAAAUGCAUAAUGAUCCUAUUAUACGUCUUCCUCCAUGUCGAUUGAUGCAAGCGCCAGGAUCCGUAGAAGAUUGCACAAUCGAAAAACUUGGUCUAGAAGACGAAUCAGAAAAACCAAGUAACACAUUACUAGGAAGAGGGUGGGCCCCGGGUUGGAUAAAUGCCGAAAAAGCCCUCAACACAUUCAUAGAAAAUCAUCUUCUUGAUUACGCAAAAAACCGCUUAAAAGUCACGGGUAACUCCACUUCAAUUCUCUCCCCCUACAUUCACUACGGUGAACUAAGCAUCAAAAAAAUCUUCCACACUGUCAUAAUGAAGCAAAUCCUAUGGGCACAAGAUCAAAACCACGAAGGCGAAAAAUCCGUAACUUAUUUCCUAAAAUCAAUUGGUUUUCGAGAAUAUUCGCGUUACAUUUGUUUUAAUUUCCCAUUCACUCACGAAAGAUCGCUUUUAAGAAACUUAAAGUAUUUCCCAUGGCAAGCUAAUGAAGCACACUUUAAGGCUUGGAGACAGGGUCGGACAGGGUACCCGUUAGUUGAUGCGGGUAUGAGAGAGCUUUGGGCAACGGGUUGGCUUCAUAAUAAGAUUCGGGUGAUUACUGCAAGUUUUUUGGUCAAGUGUUUGUUGUUGCCUUGGCAAUGGGGGAUGAAGUAUUUUUGGGAUACGCUUUUGGAUGCGGAUCUUGAAAGUGAUGUUCUUGGUUGGCAGUAUAUAUCUGGGAGCUUGCCAGAUGGGCAUGACCUUCGGCGUCUUGAUAGCCCCGAGGUUCAAGGAUUCAAAUAUGACCCCGAGGGUGAAUACAUAAGACAAUGGCUACCCGAAUUAUCAAGAAUACCAACCGAAUGGAUCCAUCAUCCAUGGAAUGCACCACUUGCUGUUCUUCAAGCUUCAGGAGUCGAAUUAGGAUUAAACUAUCCAGAACCCAUAAUAGACAUUGAAGUUGCACGCGAUAAUUUAACAACAGCUAUAUUACUUAUGAACGAAAAAGAAUCCGCUUCUAAACAAGACAACAACUGUGAAGGAACAAAUGAAGUUGUAAAUGACAAUUGUGACCUUGAAAACUUACGUAUUCCUAAAGUUCUUUUGAAAAAAGAAAAAAGAGUCACGUGUCCUUCGAAUUCCUCUAAUGAUCAGAAGGUGCCUUCGAUGAUGAAAAACAGUUCUGGAGUGAAUAAUAAUAAUGGGGUGAAAAGAUCGAGGCAAGAACCAGAUGAAUAUAAUUUGAAUGAUUGUAAAAGUGAAAGUGAGUUUUCGAAAUUGGAUGAUGAUUUGUGUUCUACAGCUGUUUCUUCAUCUGGUAGUAAGAAACAAGCUACUGGAAAUAGUAGUUUCUGUUUUUAGUUUCUUGUUAUGAAUUAGUAGGAUGAUAUUGAUAUUGUUAUUGUUAUUGUUAGUAGUAGUUUAAUUGUUGUUUAUGUGUUAUAUAUGUGUAUGUUUUCUUUCUUUUUGUAAUUUAUUGUUGAAUUAAGAAACGGAGGUUUAAUCGUUUAA